ACAAGAAGUUCCAGAUCUGGAUGACUUCAGCGUUAUUUUACAAGGCUCUGCUGUUACUGACCCAAACCCAGAAUUACACAAUACAUCCUGGUAUGAUUCUGUAAUGUGGACUACACAAGACCAGAAACAAAGGAAAAUAGUUAUUCAUUUUGUAAAGCAUGACGAAAUGCUUCAACAGCCUGAAGAUGCCUUGCUUAUGAUAGAAGGUGGAACACUAAAAGAAGUUUUGAAGCUUACAAAAAGAUUUAAAUGUGUUAUUCCUGUGAGAUCCACAGAAGAUGAUCUUGAGUUAUUAGAUCUUUCAGCUCCUUUUCUUUUACAGGGGGACAUAAAAUAUUAUGGGUGCAAGCAGUGUUCAACGCCAAAGCCGAUCAAGAGUCUAGGUUCUGUUGCAGCAGAGCAGCGACCAUCGUGGGAGCCAGCUGAAAUAGCAGAAGCUUUAGGUAUUCAGAUUCUCCAGUAUGUUUUUAUUAUGAGGUUUACACUGGUUGAUGGAACAGGAGCGCUAAAUGCAUACCUUCUUGAUUAUGAAAGGUUUUUCCAAAUUCCUGCAUCUGAAAUCUUAACUAAUGAUUUUCUUCAGCAAAAGAUGGAGAUGACCAUGAAUACACUCUGUCCUCCAGGAAGAAAAUUAGAUGACUUGCCGUGGUUGGAAUGCUUCAUCAAGUCCUAUAAUGUCAGAGAUGCAAUGAAACAACAAGUUCAUUACCAAAUUUUUGACACUACAGUUGCUGAAGAUGUCGUGUAG